AUGAGUGGACUCAAGCGUAAACGGGGGGAUGCGAUACGUGGGUGCAGGGAUGGUGGUAAUGCUGAUUCUGAUCGUGGCAUCACGGACACGGACGCGGGGGCAUUGCUGGAGCGAACGCUGGCUGAGCUGCGCAGCUCGACCAAGCGCAUCGAGACGCUUGUGCACACUGUCCGCACCACUACACCGAGGUCGCCACUGAUGGCGUUGCGUGCACCAGUUCAGCCCACGCAUGCGUCUGGCGCUCCACCGCGUCUGCUCGCGCAAUGUUCGUGUUCGUGUUCAUGCUCGGAGCUGCAAGCGCAGCUCGCCGCAUUGCGCGAACAAGUCGCACAGCAUACGCGAGACCGGCAGGCGUGGAAGGCAUUCAAGGCUUGGUGGCUCGACUCGUUGGCCAAACGUCAACGACGCGCUUCGCGCGCAAAAAUGUCCAAGCGCACACCUACCGAGCACGCCAACAUGCGCCAGAGUGCAUUGCACAGCAUGGUAGCAAAGUUGGACGAACAGACAAAACGCAUCUGGCUGGAUGCUGGUAUCGUGUCGCGAGAACAAGUCGGCGAGGUUGACCAAGACAGCAGCGUAAACGAGGCAGGUCAAGACGACCGACAAGUCCAAGCAAGCAACGUACAGCGCGCGACGAACGAGGUGAUAUCUGCACACGUAUCGCAUCAGCAGAGCGACUGCAAUGCGAACGGUACCAACCACCAGCAGCGCAACCACCAGCAGCGUCCAUGCCAUCCCGAGACACCCAACUCUGCCUCUGAUACCGCCUGUCAACCUACCGGUGCUGUCCACCGUCAGCAUCCACGACAUCUCGCUCAGGCUGGCGCUACAUCUCGCACAUGCCUUGAUCAUCACCGCACUGCUGGCGCACACAUCGACUCGACGCCGAUCCGAAACCGCGUUGCGCGUCCAACACUCAUCGCCUCGUCCUGUCCCGACUGCUCGCUCUUCUACACGCAUCUCAACCAACUCAACCCUCCCACUACCCAGCCUCAACGCCAAGGCGACACAUCGUGCAUCGCUUCUAGUCGGCAUCGAUCCACCUUGCCACGCGCAACCACCCCGGACGGCUACUGGAAUAUCGCCUUCCCCGAUACCCAGCAGGUCCAACACAUCAACGCGCUCGCCCAAACUCGUCGUCCUCCACCACGCCGCAGCUCACCUCACCACCUCCAUUCGUGA